AUGGACGGCGAGGGCGAUAUCUUUGGGGCGAACAAUCGCUUCUUACUAGAAAAUGCCAAAAAUGACGACACAAAGUUAGCCACGUGGAAGAGACUAGAUGCGAAGGCUCAAGCAGUCAUCGUAGGCAGACUAGGCAGCACAGCUAUGCUGCAUGUACAGAAUUGUGAAACAGCCAAAGAGAUAUGGGACAAAUUAAAUACAAUUUAUGAACAAAAAUCUGAUGUGUCACUCCACAUAUUGCAGCAGCGUUUCUUUGAAGAUGAUGUUCAGAAGAUGUAUCAACAUUCA